AUGAAUCAAACAUCUCACAAUGACUCCGAAUUUGACAGCUGGAUUUACAAUCCCAAUAUUGUCCCGGCUCUCUACCUUUCAAUGUUCCCCAUUGCUUUGUUGCUGAACGGUGUUGCCGCCUGGGUUUCUCUACACAUCAAGGCCACCUCCACCUUUGUGGUGUACCUGAAAAAUCUAGUAGCUGCUGACAUUAUUCUGACCUUGCUCAUCCCAAUUAACGUUGCAAGAGACUUUCCAGGUGUGUCAAACACAAUAUACAUUCUCUCAUGUUUUCUCAGUUCCAUUUUCUACGGUACACAGUACAUAUGUAUUGCUCUGCUGGGCGUUAUCAGUCUGGACCGUUUCUUCAAGAUCAUGAUGCCCCGCAGCAAGUUGUUUGGUCAGAAUCUGACCUUUAGCAAACUGAUGUCAGGCUCAGUCUGGCUAAUACUUGGAGGCUCAACUUUACCAAAUAUGAUUUUAAAUAACAAAUCAGUGGCCAAUAUAACAGAGAUCAGCACUUGUAUGGAGCUGAAAGGACCGGCUGGACUUAUGGUCCAUGAGAGAAUAGUGAUUUGCCAAAAUAUUUUCUUCUGGCUGAUAAGUGUGGUCAUUUCGGUUUGCUACAUUUGCAUUGGAAAAAAGGUUAUCCAGUCUUUUCGAAAGUCCGGCAGCAGCAACACCCAGGGAAAGCAGAAGAUCAGGCUACGUGUUUUUCUAGUUAUCAUUGUGUUUUUUGGGUCAUUCGGACCGUACCACAUUAUUCAGAUCCCAUACGCGUUUCAACGAGUCAAGUCUUCUUCCUAUACUGGCUCUUUUUUAAGCAAAAGGUUGGCCAAGGACCUCAGCCACUUGCUUUCCUGCACAAACAUCUGCAUGGACCCACUUCUCUAUGUCUUUCUGUGUCGGGAGUUCAAGGAGAAACUGAUGUCUAUGAUGAAAAACGUGUCUGUCUUGUUCCGAGUAGCCUCAGCAGACAAAGCAGAAGGCACCUUGCCGCAGAUCCGACGCUGA